CUUUGAACAACCAGUACGAGUAAACUAACUUGUUUCUGGUUCACACAUCGCCUCGUUGAGGAGGCUUGCUCUUGCAACUACAAAGACAUCAAGCCGAGGUCUCGGUGGAUAUCAUCGAUGCCGCGGCACUAUCUCGAAGUUCAAGGCUGUCAAUUUCACAAACCCAGCGUCUCUAAAGUAGAUCGAGUGAGCUCGGGCUUCGGAGAUUAGGGGUGACUUGGUGGAGGUGUACGCUCUGAGGCGCAGUUCGCAUGGACAGCCAGAGAACUGUAUCCCAGGGCGGAAAUGAGUAAUGCGAGGCAGCACAACUUUAAAGCAACACCUACAAGAUGCUGGAGGACCUCGGCAGAUCAGGCAGCAUCUGUGGGGAAAAGAGUAGACAGUCGACGUUCGGGAUCGAGACCCUUCUUCAGAGCUGAUGUGUAGGAGGGCAGGGUUAGACCUUAGAGGGUCGGCACAACGUCGGAAGGCUGAACGGUCUGCGGUGCGCUAUCACGUUCUGCGUACUCUCUCCGCCAAGGCUGGUUCCUACCCAGAAGUUCCCAGAGCUCAAGACUCGCAUUUGUUUUCAAGUAGACGGUCGGGAAGGAAAGAGUUAAUGAUUUCGCCCCCGAUCUGAUGAAUCGCGGAGACUUUAAGAAAAAGCUUAGCGCACGCCUGGAGCUGCUUUUGAACCACUUCCUGUUUCUGUGCGCCCAUUGAAAAGAAGCUGUCAGAGCGCUUUGAAAGGCUACACAACAGACUGGGCACCGCGUCCUGUCUCGCUGCCUGCGAUUGUCUCGGUCGCCUUCAAGGCAAAGCGCAGAGGGGAGCGAGAGAGAGUGAGAGUAUGACAGGGAAACUCGACUGACUCAGUCCAGACUCCACCAUCGCACUCGCUGAGUUCCGAAAGAAAGUGAAUGCGUCCUGACCUGCGUUCCAGGAUUCAAAUUAAACUGAAUUAGAUCACGCAACAUGGUCGGAUCAACGCGUAAUCACUUCGAUGGAAAUUUCCCAAGCUUGAUUCAGGACGUGAGGAUUUAUUUUUUAUCGCAAAGAACCAGUUUAGUAGUUUAAUUCUAACUCGGACUGGUCAUUUUGAACUGGUGAGGUUGAUCGGACACCGGCAGCUCUGAAAUCCGGGAAGACUGGGCAUUCUCUCUCUGAUCGGAUCCGUAACGUUAUCGAUCGGGCUGGAAGCGCCGCUGACUCCGACCAGCAUCCCGCUGCGAAGGGGUGACCAACGCCGCUUGAAGUGCAAGUGACGGGCCGACGACGGAACGCAGGCGCUCUGCGGCCUGACCUGCCAGAGACCAGGAAGGCGACACUUCGAAGAGAGAGUCGGCUGUGGGUGCAGUGAGAAACUACGAGUUCAAUGUUCAAUGGAAUAUCUGGCUGAGCUCUCCCCUCACCAGUGCCAGCUCUUGACUGCUCACGAGCUCCGGGCGAUGGGCUGCUUUCCCUUGGGAGACUCGGAAAUUGGGGCGAUUGAGCAGAGCAGGUAAAAUGGGUAACAUUAGUGAAGACAGCUGUCAAGUGGACUCCAGGCUAGAUAGCCUCUUUCCACCCACGCUGUAUAUCUUUGUCAUAGUCAUUGGCCUCCCAACCAACUGCCUGGCACUGUGGGCCGCAUACCUCCAGAUUAAGCAGAAGAACGAACUGGGAGUCUACCUUCUCAACCUGUCCAUCUCCGACCUCCUGUACAUUGCCACCCUUCCCCCUUGGAUAAAUUAUUUCUUGCACCAGGACAACUGGAUCCUUGGGCAGGAGUCCUGCAAGCUUUUUGGUUUCAUCCUGUACACCAACAUUUACAUCAGCAUCGCCUUCCUCAGCUGCAUCUCCGUUGACCGCUACCUGGCCGUAGCUCACCCGCUGAGGUUCGCCAAGAUCCGGAGGGUGAAGACGGCGGUGGUCACCAGCGUGGUGGUGUGGACCAUCGAGAUUGGCGCCAACUCCGCGCCGCUCUUCCACAAUGAACUCUUCGAGGACCGCUUCAACCACACCUUCUGCUUCGAGAAGUACCCCAUGGAGAAGUGGGUGGCCCAGAUGAACCUCUACAGGGUCUUUAUCGGUUUCCUCUUCCCGUGGGUGCUCAUGCUCUUCUCCUACCAGGGCAUCCUCAAGGCCAUUAAGGGAAAUUUGUCGACGGAGAAAGGGGAGAAGGUGAAGAUCAAGAGGUUGGCCCUCAGCCUCAUGGUCAUCCUCCUCCUUUGCUUUGCCCCUUACCACCUCAUCUUGCUUCUGCGUAGCAUGAUGUACCUAAUCAGUCCUCAGGGCUGCAGCUUCGAGGAGAACAUCUUCAUGGCCUACCACGUCUCUCUGGCCUUCACCAGCCUCAACUGCGUGGCCGACCCGAUCCUUUACUGCCUGGUGAACGAGGGUGCCCGCAACGACGUGACCAGGGGGCUGGCUCCACUCCUCAAGUUCUUCACCAGCUCCAAGUCAACCGACAUCGCCCGGUCGGUUACCCUAGACACGCCGCUAUCCUCGAAAAAAUCCCAGUACUUAAACAUCGAGCUGGUGGUGUUAAGGGAGGACUGCAUACAGAUGAAAACUUUGAGUGUAUGAAAGCAAAGGGUUGCAAGAGUACAUUUAUAAAUGUAUUUUUUAUAACAUGUGCGUUAACAUUAAGAAGAAACUUAUUUAAGUCACCUUGGCACCCGUAAAGUGCUUGAACCAUCCACCUGUGCAGCCCCUAUUCUGUGAAGUGUGUUCGCUUUCAUUGGCGGCCAUAUUUUCACCAUGGUAGCCACCUGUGGGUGACCCUCACCUGACCUCUGACCAUCUCCUCCUAUUGGCCACCUACCUUGGCAAAGCAGAGCCCCUCUGCACCAAUUGGACGGCUGCAGGGCUCCUUGGUGCUCGACCGUCACUUGAAGGUCAGUCAAGCCCCAACCCCUAAGGCCCCCUGACAUCUCCACAGGUGUAGGUCCCCUAGCGGAGAGAAGUGGCCUAAGCCCUGUGGGCACCAUAUUCCUGAACUCAGGUCAGUCGUUAUGAAGAGUUGUCCGGUUGCCUUCCAGAUUGGGAGGCCGGGGGUGGGGGUGCUUUCUCCUUGCAGUAUUGUAUUUGUUACCCUGCUUGGCAUGGCUUGGCAGAUGUAUUAGAGUGGGAAAGAGAAAGUUCUACAAUAUCCAUCCACUUUCCUUGCAAGGGAAGCCAGCUCUGAGCCAGAAGGAGAUUUGGAGGAAACCUCACCCACAGUCAUCACCGACUCCUAGCUGGGGAGACCUCAUAGAGACUGAGACAUCCAGUGACGUUGACUACAUGUACACCCUGGGGUGAGAACUGAUAUAGUUACAGAGCGGGGUCAUUCUAUCUCCCACCCUUGUUCCACGUCAAUCCCAAGAGAAAGGGUGGUCCACCCCACCCGGACACACACUUGUUCCACGUCAAUCCCGAGAGGAAGGUUAUAGGCUGAUCCCCACCCACUCCCGGCCCCAGAAUGGCAUGAGGGUAUCGGGGAGAAACAGGAGAGAAUCCGCAGAUGCUGGAAAUCCA